UGAUGGUUGGGGGGUGGGGGGGAAAGAUGGCGGAGCUAAUGCUCCUCAGCGAGAUUGCCGACCCGACGCGUUUCUUCACGGACAACCUGCUGAACCCGGAGGACUGGGGUCUGCGGAACUGUACCCUGUAUACUGGCCUGGAUGAAGUGGCCGAGGAGCAGACGCAGCUCUUCCGUUGCCUGGAGCAGGAUGUCCCGUUUGACAGCAGCUCCCUGGACGUGGGGAUGGAUGCUAGUCCCCCUGAACCUCCAUGGGACCCCCUUCCUCUCUUCCCAGAUCUUCAGGUGAAGUCUGAACCAUCCUCCCCCUGCUCUUCCUCCUCCCUCAGUUCUGAAUCAUCACGUCUCUCCACAGAGCCCUCCAGCCAGACCCCUGGUGUAGGGGAGGUGCUGGAUGUGAAGACAGAGUCCUUAGCACCCCCAUUCUGCCUCCUGGGAGAUGGUCCAACAUCCCCAUUUGGAACCGUCCAGAUCAAUGUGGGCCCUACCUCUGAUGAUCCCUCAGAUGUACAGACCAAGAUAGAGCCUGUCUCUCCUUCUUCCUCCAUCAACUCCGAGGCUUCCCUGCUCUCAGCAGACUCCCCCAACCAGGCACUCCUAGGAGAGGAGGUACUGGAAGUGAAGACAGAGUCCCCAGUCCCUCCAGGGUGCCUCCUGCAGGAUGUCCCGACCUCCCCAUUUGGAGCUGUCCAGAUCAGCAUGGGCCCAUCCCCUGAUGGCUCCUCAGGCAAAGCCCUGUCCACACGGAAGCCACCACUGCAGCCCAAACCUGUGAUGAUAACCACCGUCCCACUGCCACCCAGAGCUGUGCCUCCUAGCACCACUGUCCUUCUGCAGCACCUCGUCCAGCCACCCCCGGUGUCCCCAGUUGUCCUUAUCCAGGGUGCUAUUCGAGUCCAGCCUGAGGGGCCAACCCCUCCUGCUCCACGACCUGAGAGGAAGAGUAUUGUCCCAGCUCCUAUGCCUGGGAACUCCUGCCCACCGGAAGUGGAUGCAAAGCUGCUGAAGCGGCAGCAGCGGAUGAUUAAGAACCGGGAGUCGGCCUGCCAGUCCCGCAGGAAGAAGAAAGAGUAUCUGCAGGGGCUGGAGGCGAGGUUGCAGGCAGUGCUGGCCGACAACCAGCAGCUGCGUCGGGAGAAUGCUACCCUCCGCCGGCAGCUCGAGGCCCUGCUGGCUAAGAACAGCGAGCUCAAGUUGGGGUCUGGAAACAGGAAGGUGGUUUGCAUCAUGAUCUUCCUUCUCUUCAUUGCCUUCAACUUUGGGCCUGUCAGCAUCAGUGAGCCUCCAUCGGUUCCAGCCUCUCCUCGAGUGAGUGGGGAGGAACCUCGGCCCCGGAGACACCUGCUGGAGUUCUCAGAGCAAGAGCCAGCUCUUGGAGUCGCACCCGUACAGGGCUCCUCGCAGGGGCCUGAGGAGCCCCAGCCCAGCCCUGCAGGCCGACCCAGUUUUAGGAACCUGACAGCCUUCCCCGGGGGUGCCAAGGAGCUGCUGCUGAGAGACCUGGACCAGCUCUUUCUUUCCUCUGAUUGCCGUCACUUUAACCGAACUGAGUCCCUGAGGCUUGCGGAUGAGUUGAGUGGAUGGGUCCAGCGCCACCAGAGAGGCAGGCGGAAGAUCCCUCAGAGGGCCCAGGAGAGACAGAAGUCUCAGCUAUGGAAGAAGUUGCCUCCAGUUAAGGCAGUCCCCACUCAACCCCCAGGGCCCCCAGAAAGGGGUUCUGUGGGCCAACUGCAGCUGUAUCGCCACCCAGACCGUUCCCAGCCGGAGUUCCUGGAUGCAAUUGACCGGCGGGAAGACACAUUUUAUGUUGUCUCCUUCCGAAGGGAUCACUUGCUGCUCCCAGCCAUCAGCCACAAUAAGACCUCUCGGCCUAAGAUGUCCCUGGUGAUGCCCGCCAUGGCCCCCAAUGAGACCCUGUCGGGCCGGGGGGCCACAGGGGACUAUGAGGAGAUGAUGCAGAUCGAGUGCGAGGUCAUGGACACCAGGGUGAUUCACAUCAAGACCUCCACGGUGCCCCCCUCACUCCGAAAGCAGCCGUCCCCAACCCCCAGCAAUACCACGAGGGGCCCCUUGCCAGCUCCUGCAGGCAGCCAGGCCCACCAGGCCUCCCACCAACCCCUCUACCUCAGUCACCCCUGACCUCGACAACUCACACUGACUUCAAAUUGGGGAGUGGGGACUAGGGGUGACCAAGUGGGAAUAUUGCUCAUUUCCCUGCUCCCGGGGCGUGGGGCAAUCUGUCGAGGAAAGACAGGAUAUGAGGGUCAAGCACUUAUUCGGAGGUAGGGGAUUCACCUCUCCUCUCACCCCCUCUCAUUUCGGUGGACACUCAGUCCCUGCUUCCUCCUUUGAGGGCAUUAAAUGAGCUUAAGUUUGGGGGUGGGCUCCUGCAUACUUUUUAUCCUUUUAUUUGUCUGUUUGAGGGAUGGGAAUUGAGUCCCCAGGUGGGACAAGGGAAGUUUUACAUUUCGGAGUUAGUUACUGGGAGUAAAGGAGGGGUGGUGGGGGGAGAUCAGGUUUAUGUGUGUGCGUAUCUUCUUUUUUAUUAUUAAAUAAACAAUUUAGAGGGA